AGUGGAGUAGAAGUAACUCAACUCCAACCCCACAUCCUCCUCCCUCAUAGCCAUAUCCUCUGUUCUAAUGUUAUGUUUUGUUAUGUUAUGUUAUGUUUCCGCGAAUUCUCCUCAUCCCUGCUUCUUCUUCUUCUUCUUCCUUACUCUUCCAUCCCUUUCGGCUCUAUGCCUGCAUUCAUAUGCGAACUGCUCUAAAUAAUGAUAAUAAUAAUAGCAAUAGCAUUGAUAAGAAGCAGUCAUGGAGCACUCGCAGUUUCUUCAACCCUGCACCAGUUCUCCUCACCCUUGCAGUCGUCCUAUCGCCACCGCGGCCGUCGCCGGACGCAUUCUCCAACGUUCCCCAGACCCUCUCCGGGGAUGACGCCAGGCGAGCUCGGAUCCAGCGGCCCAAGUCGCGGAAGGCGGAGUCCUGCACGGCCAAGUGCGUCGGCACCUGCAUUCGUGGUGGCGCCGGAUCCCCCGGCGAAGGCCCACUCAACGUCAGGAGGCCUCUUGUAGUGUUCAAACAAGGAUUUCGCACUCGCCAAUACUGCCUUGUUGAGUGCUCAGACAUUUGUAAUCUAAUCAAGGAUGGAGAUGACGGCCCCUGAAGCACAGGAUUUAUUUUGCUGCAAGGCGUAUUCCAGCAUGACACUCAAACCAGUGGUGAAAAAACUGAAUCAGUUGUUUCAUGUCUCAUUGGGUACUUGUUUUUGAUAUAAUGUCUCUUUUUUUCUUAUAAAGAUCAAUUUGUUGGCGCACAAAUUUGUCCCUUCGAUUAAUUGUUACUCGUUACUCUGUA